GGCUGCGUUCGCGUAGGCAGCGCACUGGGGGAGGGGAGCGGCGCGGUGUCUGGAGUCGCAUCCGUCCAGGUCUCCCCGCGAGCCUUGUAGCCCGCCGGUCCUCCUGCAGCCCGCCUGCUGGGCAGGGCCGGCUCGGCCGGGCCAUGGAGUCCUACGACAUCAUCGCUAACCAGCCCGUGGUCAUCGACAAUGGUUCCGGGGUGAUCAAGGCUGGCUUUGCAGGAGACCAGAUUCCUAAGUACUGUUUCCCAAACUAUGUCGGACGGCCAAAGCACAUGCGGGUUAUGGCUGGAGCCCUGGAGGGGGACCUGUUCAUUGGACCGAAAGCAGAGGAGCACCGAGGGCUGCUGACCAUCCGAUACCCCAUGGAGCACGGUGUGGUACGGGAUUGGAACGACAUGGAGCGUAUCUGGCAGUACGUCUACUCUAAGGACCAGCUGCAGACCUUCUCCGAGGAGCAUCCUGUUCUUCUAACGGAGGCCCCACUGAACCCCAGUAAGAACCGGGAGAAGGCGGCAGAGGUGUUCUUUGAAACCUUCAAUGUUCCUGCACUGUUUAUCUCCAUGCAGGCCGUGCUCAGCCUGUACGCAACAGGACGCACCACAGGAGUGGUUUUAGAUUCGGGGGACGGGGUCACUCACGCUGUCCCCAUCUAUGAGGGCUUUGCCAUGCCACACUCCAUCAUGCGGGUAGACAUUGCCGGCCGGGACGUAUCUCGAUAUCUGAGGCUGCUGCUGCGCAAGGAAGGGGCUGACUUCCACACCUCAGCUGAGUUUGAGGUGGUUCGGACCAUCAAAGAGCGAGCUUGCUAUCUGUCCAUCAACCCACAAAAGGACGAGGCUCUAGAGACUGAGAAGGUGCAGUACACGCUUCCAGACGGCAGCACACUUGAUGUGGGGCCUGCGAGAUUCCGAGCCCCUGAACUGCUGUUCCAGCCAGACCUGGUGGGGGAUGAGAGUGAGGGGCUCCAUGAAGUUCUGGCCUUCGCCAUCCACAAGUCCGACAUGGACCUCCGCCGAACACUUUUCUCCAAUAUCGUGCUAUCAGGGGGCUCAACACUGUUCAAAGGCUUUGGAGACAGGUUACUAAGUGAAGUCAAGAAGCUUGCCCCGAAAGAUGUUAAAAUCAAGAUCUCUGCUCCUCAGGAGCGGCUGUACUCCACAUGGAUCGGAGGCUCCAUCCUCGCCUCACUGGACACCUUCAAGAAGAUGUGGGUAUCCAAAAAGGAAUAUGAAGAAGAUGGCUCCCGCGCGAUUCAUCGCAAAACCUUCUAAUGCCCGAGGAGGGUGGACAUACUGGGGGAGAGGGAGGAAAGGGGAGCCAGAGCCCUUGACUUCUUUUGGUCUGGGUUCGUGUUCUAAGAUUAGGGUCCCCUGCAUGCUCUGACCCCGGAGCAGGUGGUGCGGUCAUGGUCACCUGUAGCCCUCCCCUCCCCUCCCCCUGUGCUCAACACACACACAGACACACAGAGAGUAAUGAUCAGCUGCAUGGAUGGCAGUCCCAAGCUGGAACAUGGGAAGGGCCACUGCCACCUGUGGCUCCUGCUCUGGCCUUGAAGCUCUGAGACCAGACUCCUGCUCCAUUUGCUCCGACAGGCUCCCAGUGGGGCUAGACUCCCUGGAUCUCUGGAGUAGACUGAAGGGAGGGACAGCCAGGAGCUCCCCUCAAGGUGGUGAGGCACAGUGGUGGUUCAUGCUGCUGCCUCUUUCUGGCCUGAUGAGGCAAAUGUCCAACAUAGGACUGACUAGGGAACAGUCCUCCGUCCCACUGAGGGAAUGUAGCCAAGAGUCAGAGCAUCAGAGCUGUGGGCAGCCACAGCUUGUGGUUUGCCCCACUCUCUUUCAAAGCACUACACUGAUUGGCCACUCCCUCCUCUUUCCCUUGGUGCCCUGGACAGGAAGGGGGAAAUGGUCUUUAUUUGCUGAAGGAAAGCCAUUUAAUCAGGACUCAGACCCAAAGGGUAGGCAUAUUCUCACCUCCCUCAAGAAAGGUCUUCACCAUGACCAGGGCCUCCCCUCCCUCUCCAGAUCUGAACAGUAAUUUAACACAGUUGCCUGAAAAAUACUUGUUUUUAUAAAUCAUUAUAGUAAUAAUUAUGGACAAGGCCCGGUGUGUGGCUCUGAUUCUUGGGGCUCUAUGCUCUGGUUUGCUCGCCCAUCCCUGGGAAUGCCAAGAGAAAGGACACUGGCAGAGCUCAGGAGCUUGAGGCGACAGGACAGGUGAGAGCAGCCAUACCCUCCCGCUGUGACCUGCUAGGGCUGCUGUGUGUGCCUUGUGCAUGUGUGCCACGCCUCCACGGGCCUGCCAAGGUGUGCGGGUGCUGGCAGUGAUGCAGGCUUAGCGCUUACAGCAGGAGAGGGAAGAGUGGGCAGCCUGGGAAUGGACCAGGCUCCACAGGAAGAAGCAGAACACAACCUGCAGGAGCCUGCAGGCAGCAAGAGCUCUGCAAGCAGAGAGUUUGCUUGCUAGCAUGUCAGUGCACACUACACAGCACGUGAUUGAGGUUGAUGGUGAGACGAGAUAUAAAGGGCUGGGCUCAUCUUAAAGGAGAAAGAUGCCAGCCAUUUUGGAAUAGUGUUAGGCCUUAGGGGUUAGGGCUGCACCAGCAGGUGGGGCAUGCUGCCUUGUAAGAGCUUGGUGAGUUGGUGGUUAGUGAGAGCUCUUUGACAGGCUCGGGAGGGAAAGUUGGCAAGGAAGGUAAAUUGGUGUGUGGCACAGUGACAUAAACCAAAGAGGUCAGAUGGACUAGCAUGUGGAGGAUCUGAAGGACAUUAACUGUUAAGUGACAAGUUUUCACUGUGGAAGAAUAGUGAGCAGAGCCAAGUGUUGAAAGCUAUAGGCCCAAGUACUGAUCAGGAAUGUGUGCAGCAGAUGCUGUGUGGCCAUGUGGUCACAGCACAGCAUCAAAGUUUACACAGAAGCCUGUGCUAAGGGACCCUGAAAACCAGUUCCUGUGCAGGGCUCUGCUGGCACCACUGGCUCAAAGCCACCUGUGUUUGGAACCUUCCUGCUGAGCUCCUCAUGCCCACAUUUGUCAGUCUGAGUCUAUGGUCUGCAGGACCUCUACCCACCCUUUCCUAUCAGGGCCCCAUCCCAGCUCACGACCCUGCUCCAUCCUGCCCACCCAGUGUGUUUGCUCAUAAUCUACUGUGCGGGUAACCACCUCAAACCUGUAAUGACUUAUAAGCCAUACAAUAAAAUAUUCAUGAGU